AUGCAGACGACUAGUACUCAACGCUCGAUCGAGGACGAGGCGGAGAGCGUCAGGAUCGCGGUACAUGCGCUGGGAGAUAUGCGCGCUCGCGCCGUGGCUUCCAAGGAGGCAGCACAAGCACAAGCAUCAAGUUCUGGCUCGACUUCAUCCUCCAGAACCCAAUUUCCUACUUCUCAUUCCGCCAGCCCCUUCCAACCCACCCCAGCCCUCUCCAUCGCCUCAUCCUCAACCUCGCCGACGCUCCCCUCGCCCAGUCUUGCUUCUGACGACCGUGACCGUCUCGAGAUCGAUACCGAUACUAUCGGUAUCGACGUCAAUUCUCCGGAUUUUGUCUCGAGGGUGUCACAUCUGCCUAUCGUGAAUAGUGCGCUGAGGGCUUAUGAGCAGAGUAAGGCGAGUUCGAGGGUGGUUAAGUAUGGCGCGGAGAUGAUGGAGUCCAGCGUGAAGACGAUUUCGAGGCCUGUGAUGGAUAGAUUACCCGUUAAUCAACUGGACGAGUUCGCGUGCAGACAGCUCGAUCGACUCGGUCGAUACAGCACAAACCAAAAACGAGCUUCGAGCACGGAGAGGGACAGGAUGCCCGUAGACGAGCAGGAGUCCACGGACGAUCGGAGAGAAUCCGCAUGGGAAUCGGGAUUGCAGAUCCAGAUGCAGGGGGCGGGAUCUUCUUCUUCGUCUUCCGCUGGUACUGAGUGGGGACGCGAAAUGAGUCGCGAGCGGAGCGUGGUGAGAGAGGACGGGUAUUCGGAUGUGAGGACAGCGCGACCGAGUCCGAGCGGGGAGUCGCAGGAGAAUAUCCACCAACAGAUCGCACAGCGGAGUCGAUGGCAGACUAUGCUUUCUGAAGCUGGUGGGCUCGGUGCGGCUGUGAGCGAGGAAAGCAUGCGGAGGCUCAAAUACUGUUUACAAUGGCUCCAGUACGCCACAGCGCACAUCGACGACCAAAUCCUCAUUCUCCGCGACUUCAUGGCCUCCCUCCAACCCCCACCCGGCUCUUCCCCGCACACGCUCAUAAACCCCGACGCCGUCAUCUCGCCCGAACACAUGCGGCAGCUGAACAAUGUGAAGCGCGACGUGGUCAACACGGUAAGACAGGUGGUGGACGUGGUGUCGAAGUAUGCGGGCGGGGCGUUGCCGGAGCCGGCGAGGACGAGGGUGAGGGGGUUUAUUCUGCAUUUGCCGCAGGCUUGGGCGAGCGCGAGUCGGGGACAACCGCAUCCGCAUGUACAUCCGCAUGCGCAUCAGCUUCAGCAUGCGAUACCGGAGGCGAGCGCGAGUGGGGUUGGAGGGAGGGGCGGUGGGACGAGAAGGAGCGGACGGAGGGGUGAGAGGUUGAAUGGGACCGUGGGCGCAGCAGGCGGUGAGAUCUCUACGGCAUCCUCGUCCCGUCCUCCUUCACCCUCUGGAACAGCAUCCCCCCGCCACGGACACUCACGACAAUCGAGCGGGGCAGCAGCGUCCGCCUCCUCCCAUACCCAUGCCCACGCCAACGCAAUCCCACCGACGGCGGGAGGCGCGACACAGGCUGCACAGAGGAUAUUGACGUUGGCGACGGAGAGUCUGGAUAUGAUGAGGGGUGUGACGGGCGUCGUGAAGGAUAGUUUGGACAGGGCGGAUGCGUGGGUUGAGAGGUUGAGGAUCGUGGGGCUGCAGAGACAGGGACAGGGACAGGCCGCAGUGGUCGAUAUACCGAACGGGGCGACGUACCCACGCCCUGCAAACUCAAGCAUGGGCGCGGGCGUUGGUGUGGGCGCGCAUAGGAUGCAGGAGAGUUUCAGCGCGAGUACGAGCGUGGCGUCGAGUCCUGUCGUCGCGAUGGCGGGACUUCCGGGUGUGGCUGGCAUGCUGAGUCCUCUGGGGAGUGCUAGCGGGAGCGCGAGUGGUGGUGCUGGGGCUGGGGAUUCGUACUUUGGGGGAUCGGCGCAAGAGAUGAGUAAGCUUGAUUUAGGAGGGGGAGGGGCGGAGAAGAGUCCGGUGGUAGCUCAUGCUCAUGGACCGUCGAGAGGAGGGAAGAAGGCGAUGUUUGCGGAUGGGAAUGAGGAUACUAUGAGGUCGAGGUCGAGGUCGAGGAUGGGGUCGCCUGUUGUGGAGAGUAGGGUAUUGGAUAAGGCUGGGGACGAUGACCAGGAAGGCGCAGAGGCGAAGAGGAUGAAAAUGGAUGUUGAUGAGUAGGUAGAUGGAACUGCGACGUUGGUUGUGCGCUUCGUCCUUUUCAUUGUGUUGGUUAGUUUUUUUCCGAUUGAAUCGUAGCGCUGGUUGUAACAAUCACGUUCUCCUGCUCCACUCCAUUCCACUCCCCUCGUUCUUCAGUUUCUGUUCCCUGGUCCGCUUAGGGAUCCCCAUUUGAUUUCACACCUAUUUAUUACAUUUCCUCCUUCAAUUUUCUUGCACAUACACGUUCACAGUCCUUUUCUUUCUCUCUCCCCUUUCUACAUGUUUGAUCUCCAGUGUUUCUUGUAUAUAUGCAUCAUGGUUCUUGUUGACCCAGC